UUUCUAAUCUCUCCCUUUUCCCCUCUUAUCCCGGAUAACCUCCCUCCCUCCCUCCCUCUCGACGCGGCAUCCACCCGAAACGACACCAACCUUUCUCCGAUCCCGCCCGACACGCGGCCGAAACCGCUACCGAUCCCGUCCUCUCUCCUUCUUUCCUCGCUCCAUUCGGAUUCCCUUUUAUAGACCGCUAAAAACUGCGGAAAAAUUACCGACACGAAAUUCGAAAAACCAUUUUCUUUUUUUAAAAAACCUCUCCGCCCCCUUGCGAUCCCGCCACUUCCUCCGCCCCGGCGCACGUUUGCUAUCCUGCGCCGCCUCGGCCUCUCCCCCCCCUAAAUCCGAGGUACGAUCUCGAUUCUUAAGUCUACCGUCUGUUGCUCGUUACUCCGAUCCCUUUUACUGAGCUUGAUCGCGUUGGAUUGGGACCAGUGGGUUGGGAUCAAGCUCUUGAUUUGGUUUUGAUCAGUUUGUUUUGGUUUGGAUGGGGUUUUGAUCACUUUUUGAGUGCGGUAGCUUCGAGUCCGUUGAGUGCGGUGUUAGAUUUGAUCGUUCGUUGACUGAUCGGCCUUUUUGAGCGUCUCUAGGGUUUCUAUGUUUUGAUUUGGCUUCACUUUUGAUUUGACGCUCUCUUUUUGAGGAUUUGUUUAUGGAAUUGGAUCCUGAUCCUUCUGUGUUAAGUUUUAUUUGUGCUUUAUCGAGAUUGCUGAGUUGAAUCUGGAGGUUCACUGAUUUUUGAAUAGAAUGAAAUUUCUGUUUGCGUUAAUGGUUUAUCAAUGAUCGCUUGUUGCUCUGUCCAUCAAUAAGAAUGCAAAAGUUUCGGAAUUGACUUGGAGCUCAAAGUCAAUUUUCUCCAAGUCAAUUUUUGGAAAGGAGGUAAAGUUCUACCUUUGUCUUAACAUUGCAGUGUGAAAUUAUGUGAGAGCAGGAGAUGGCAUUCUUUAGGAACUUUGGAGAUGCAGUGGAUUCAGAUCAAAACUUGAACGAUAAAGUAGAGGAUAAUGAUAUUGAGGGAGGCUACAAUUCCCUGGGGAGUAAUAGACAGAUGGACUUGAAUUUUGUCGAGAAUGGUGUUGAGAUGAAAGAGGAAGACCAGUACCAUAGUGGGGAUGCUAAUGCAGUUAAGGGAACAGGCCCUUCUGCAACUUGGGGUUCAAAUUUUUGGAAAGAUUGCCAGCCAAUGUCAAAUAGAACGGAUGAAGAGGUGAUUGUAGUUAAUUCUGAUGAGGAUUCUGAUGGGCAGAAGGAUGGUGAGCAGUUUAAGACAAGGCAGGUUGAUGUACCUGCAGACGAGAUGCUGUCUGAUGAUUAUUAUGAGCAGGAUGGUGAAGAGCAGAGUGAUUCUCUAAUCAGUGGAGGUCUGAAACUUCCUAGCAUCUCCGUCUCUAGAUUGCCACCAAGACAGUUGCCUGUUGCUGAGAAUGCUGCAGCCAAGAGUGCCAAUGCUGCUAAGUAUGAUGAGUAUGAUGGUGACGAAGAUUAUGAGGAAACUGAUGAGGAAGAAGAUGAUGAUCCAGAGGAUGCUGAUUUUGAGCCGGACUUUGGUGAAUCAGGCAACAACACAAAGAAUAAGGCUAAAAUGUCAGAUUGCGAUGAUUUUGUUGAGGAGGACGUUGAUGAAGAUUAUGAUGAUCUUGAUCUCUCAGAUGAAGAAGAUUUGGAGUUUAAUGACAAUAACCGGGAGAGAAAGCGGCUUAAAGUUGGACGCAAAGCAAAGUCAAUAAAGGAUUACAAAUCUUCUGUUCAUAAUCGGCAAAAAAGAGGGAAAACUUUCUCAGAUGAGGAGGAAUCAUCUGAAAAAGACUCUGAACAGGAUACUGAUGAAGAAUUUAGCCAUAAAACCAGAAAGGCAUUGCAAGUACAUAAGAAGGGUGGUGCCAAGUCAACAGGUGCAAUGAAUAUCAAUUCACGUGGUGGCGAGCUACGCUCAUCUGGUAGGACAGUAAGAAAAGUAUCUUAUGUUGAAAGUGAAGAAAGUGAAAAAGAAGAUGAAGAGAGAUCAACUAAGGCUCAGAAGCUUGUCCAAGAUGAUGCUGAUGAGAAUGACAUUGAUACAAUUGAGAGGGUCCUCUGGUACCAGCCAGAAGGCAUGGCUGAAGAUGCUAUCAAAAACAAUAAAUCAGCACAACCCAGUGUGCUGAGCACCAUCCCAGGCCCUGAACCUGAAUGGGAUAAUGUGGAAUUCUAUAUAAAGUGGAAAGGCCAGUCUUAUUUACAUUGUCAAUGGAAGUCAUUAUCUGAUCUCCAAAAUCUGACUGGCUUCAAAAAGGUUCUGAACUACAUAAAAAGAGUGAGUGACGAAAGGAAACGUAAGAAUGCCCUAUCACGUGAGGAGGCCGAGGUUCAUGAUGUCAGCAAGGAAAUGGAGUUAGAUCUCCUCAAACAGUAUAGCCAGGUUGAAAGAAUCUUCGCAGACAGAAUCAGCAAAACCAGCAAUGAUGAUAUAGUACCAGAGUAUUUAGUCAAGUGGCAAGGUCUCUCAUAUGCUGAAGCAACCUGGGAGAAGGAUACAGAUAUUGCAUUUGCUCAGUACGCCAUAGAUGAAUACAAGGUAAAAUGUCGUGAAGAAGCCAUGACUAUGCAAGGAAAGAUGGUUGAUUUCCAACGGAGGAAAAGCAAAGCUAGCCUACGGAAGCUUGAUGAGCAACCUGAAUGGUUGAAAGGUGGCAAACUUCGCGAUUAUCAGCUUGAGGGCUUGAAUUUUCUUGUUAACAGUUGGAGGAAUGAUACAAAUGUUGUUUUAGCUGAUGAAAUGGGUUUAGGUAAAACUGUUCAAUCAGUUUCCAUGUUAGGUUUCUUGCAGAAUGCUCAACAAAUUCAUGGGCCUUUCCUUGUUGUUGUACCUCUUUCAACCUUGUCAAAUUGGGCAAAAGAAUUCAGGAAAUGGCUUCCCGAAAUGAACAUAGUCAUAUAUGUUGGCAAUCGUGCCAGUAGAGAGAUGUGCCAGCAAUAUGAGUUUUACACUGGAAAGAAGACUGGCAGACAGAUAAAGUUUAAUGCAUUGUUAACUACAUAUGAAGUCAUACUGAAGGACAAAGAUAUCCUCUCGAAGAUUAAAUGGAAUUAUCUUAUGGUUGACGAGGCUCACAGAUUGAAGAAUAGCGAAGCAUCUUUGUACAUUGCUCUAUCAGAAUUUAACACAAAAAAUAAGCUUCUUAUUACUGGUACUCCAUUGCAGAACAGUGUUGAAGAGCUAUGGGCCCUUCUUCACUUCCUUGACCCUGUCAAGUUCAACAGUAAGGAUGUUUUUGUCGAGAACUAUAAGAACCUGAGUUCUUUCAACGAAAUUGAGCUUGGUAAUCUUCACAAGGAGCUGAGACCACACAUUCUCAGAAGAGUCAUCAAGGACGUGGAGAAGUCUUUGCCUCCAAAAAUUGAGCGCAUACUUAGGGUGGAAAUGUCUCCUCUUCAAAAACAGUAUUACAAGUGGAUUUUGGAAAGGAAUUUCCAAAGUCUGAAUAAAGGAGUUCGUGGAAAUCAGGUUUCACUCCUAAACAUUGUUGUUGAAUUGAAGAAAUGCUGCAAUCAUCCUUUCCUAUUUGAAAGCGCAGAUCAUGGUUAUGGUGGAGAUACCAGGACCACUGAUAGUGGUAAAGUUGAGCGCAUGGUUUUGAGCAGUGGAAAACUUGUAAUACUUGAUAAACUAUUGAUAAGGCUGCAGGAGACAAAUCAUCGAGUGCUAAUAUUUUCUCAGAUGGUGCGGAUGUUGGAUAUUCUCGCAGAGUAUUUAUCACUUAGAGGAUUUCAGUUUCAGAGGCUUGAUGGCAGUACAAGGGCUGAUCUCCGUCAUCAAGCCAUGGAGCAUUUUAACGCACCUGGCAGUGAUGACUUUUGCUUCCUCCUUUCCACACGUGCAGGCGGAUUAGGAAUUAAUCUUGCUACUGCAGAUACUGUCAUAAUCUUUGACUCAGAUUGGAAUCCUCAGAAUGAUUUGCAGGCAAUGAGUAGAGCUCAUAGGAUCGGGCAGCAAGAUGUUGUAAACAUUUACCGAUUUGUUACCAGCAAAAGUGUUGAGGAGGAUAUACUGGAGCGUGCAAAGAAAAAGAUGGUUCUUGAUCAUCUGGUGAUUCAGAAGCUAAAUGCUGAGGGCAGACUGGAAAAGAAAGAAUCAAAGAAGGGAACAUCUAUGUUUGACAAGAAUGAGCUUUCGGCAAUACUGAAGUUUGGAGCGGAGGACUUAUUUAAGGAAGAUAAGGAUGACGAGGAGAGCAAAAAGAGACUUGAAAGCAUGGAUAUAGAUGAAAUUCUUGAGAGAGCUGAGAAAGUUGAGGCUAGGGGGGACGAUGAGGAGCCUGGAAGCGAGUUGCUUAGUGCUUUCAAGGUUGCCAAUUUCGCCAGUGGUGAAGAUGAUGGGACAUUUUGGAGUCGAUUGAUCCAACCAGAAGCUACAGAUCCUGCUAAUGAAGCACUCGCUCCUCGUGCUGCAAGGAAUAUCCAGAGUUAUGCGGAAGAUGACCAGCUUGAGACGAGUAAUAAACGGAAAAAGAGGGGUCUAGAGCCUCAGGAAAGACCUCAAAGACGCUCAAGCAAAGGCUCUGAUUCUGUGGCCCAUUCCUUGCCCAUGAUCGAGGGAGCUUCUGCUCAAGUUAGGGGCUGGUCCUUUGGGAACUUGAAAAAGAAAGAUGCUUCCCAUUUUGUUCGUGCGGUGAAAAGGUUUGGGAAUAAGAGCCAGAUCGACUUAAUAGUGGCUGAGGUUGGCGGUCUAAUUGAAUCAGCUACUAAUGAAGCCCAAAUUGAGUUAUUUGAGAUGCUGAUUGAUGGUUGUCGAGAAGCAGUUAGAGAAGGAAAUAUGGAUCUCAAGGGAACUCUGCUAGAUUUUUUUGGAGUGCCUGCAAAAGCACAUGAAAUUCUAAAUCGUGUGGAAGAGCUUCAGCUAUUGGCAAAACGCAUCAAACACUACAAAGAUCCUAUCGCCCAGUUUAGAUUGACAACUCAGCAUAAGAGCCCACAGUGGUCAAAAGGUUGUGGCUGGAAUCAAGUGGAUGAUGCAAGGUUGCUUCUUGGAGUUCAUUACCAUGGAUUUGGAAAUUGGGAAAAGAUAAGAUUAGAUCCUAGACUUGGUCUUGGAAGGAAGAUUGCACCAGUAACUCUUGGGGAACGGGAGACAUUCUUGCCUCGUGCUCCCAACUUAGAUAAUCGCGCUAGUGCCCUUUUGCAGAAGGAGUUUGCAAAUGUCAACGACAAGCUCACAAAAGGUAAAGGCAAAGGUAAUCGUAAAAGUACAAUGGCUGAAUCAGAAAACAUUGUUACAUUGAACACUGAAUCAAAAGAUCGGAAAUGGAAAUUUGGCUCUGCUAAAUUGAAUUCUCAGCCAACAAAACAGUCUCUUCAGAAACAUAAAAAGGUGGAACCUCAGGUCAAAGAGGAAGGUGAAAUAUCCGGGUCUGAGCCAGAAAACUAUGAGCAGUACAAGGAAGAGAAGUGGAUGGAGUGGUGUGCAGAUGUCAUGGAAGAGGAACAACAGACCCUGACACGGCUAGAAAGGUUGCAAACUACUAGUUUAGAUCUUCCGAAAGAAAAGGUACUUGCUAGAAUUCGUAAGUAUCUGCAGCAACUUGGGAGAAAGAUCGAUGACAUAGUUCAACAACAUGAGUCAGCAUGCAGUCAAUAUAAACAAUCCAGAAUGUCAAUGAGAUUGUGGAAUUAUGUGUCUACAUUUUCGAAUUUGACGGGGGAAAUACUUUAUGACAUAUAUGCAAAACUCAAGGAAGAGAAAGGUGGCCCUUCCCAUUUCAACGGUUCUGGGUCAGAAUCAUUUCAUAGGAAUCACAGCUCUGAAGCAUGGAAACGCCGAAGAAGACCCAAUGAGGAUAAACAAUUCCAGGUGCCGCCACCCCAUCCACAGGUGCCAAUGAUUCAUAGCGAAGAUCUCGUUCCAGGGCCAACACCAAGUGUGUUUGUUGAACCGAGACCUCUUCUGUGUUCUUGUGAGGCCAUGGCAAGACUUCCCAAGUUAAUGAAGUUUACAGGGCAACUGUAUAGCAUUAUUCUUUUCUUUAACAAUCAUAAAGUGUAUCAGUGA